AUGUCAUUAAGAAAAGAGUCUUUGGAGCAACAGCUCCGGGAUGCUUUGUGUCAACAUGCCCACAAAGAGUCGAAAGGCUUUCUCCCUCUGGACAAAUUGAACCAACUAGUCGUGGAAGACUCGGUCGUAGAAUCUCUCAAAAAAUGCAUGCCGGAGCUCUCUGUUGCUCGUGUUGGACGACUGGCAAAAAACAUCUGCCCUGGAUCCGUUCGACAUUCAUCGCGGCCAUCUUUCUGCCGGAUAUUUGCGAUAUUGGUCAUGAUUGAACGGCCCCAGGAGAUUCCCAUUUUUGUCAACAAUAAUAUCACCGACCACGAGUUGCCUCUUGUCAAGGCUCGUAAUGAGAACACAGGCCGAUCUGAAUUGCGACGAAAAACACAACCCAAUAAAUCGCUGGAAUGCCUUAACAAAUGGUCAUCGCUAUUGGUGGACUUGUUCGAGGGAUACCAGUGGACAUUACUUUCGCGUUUCUUCUCGAGGGGCAAUAACGGAGCUGUACGCUUCUACCCUCUUGACGACCAGACCAUUCUUCCUUUCAUCGAGGACUCUUCCCGCGACGCUACCCUUGAGGAUGAUGAAGAUUUCCAAGGCGGCCACGGAUCUGUCUCCCGGGUCAAAAUUCACCCUUCACAUUUUGAUUUCCACGAUAUCGCGGAAACCUAUGAGACUGAUUCCACCUUCGCGGUGAAGUGUCUCCACUCUCGCAGUCGCGAGAUGUUUUCCAGAGAGGUAGACGCUCUCAAAAGGCUGAGUGGCCAAAAGCAUAUCGUCCCACUUCUCGCUACAUUCGAGUACAAAAACAGCUACCAUCUCCUGUUCCCUUGGGCCAACGCCAACCUUCGACGGUACUGGGCCAUGUUUCCCAACCCAUCAACUGACACACGGUACGGGCUGUGGGUAGCCAAACAGUGUAAAGGCAUUGCCGAAGGGCUGAGUGUCAUCCACGAACCCCCAACUGAUCAAAGCGACGACUACGCUUACGAACCGGCCUUACAGCCAAGUCACGGUCAGCCGCAGCGUACCAAGGCGUACGGCCGGCAUGGAGAUAUCAAGCCGGAGAAUAUACUCUGGUUCAGAAACGGCCCCAACACUGACAUUGGCGUCUUGGAGAUUGCCGACUUUGGCCUCACCCGCUUUCAUCACAGACAGUCUCGUUCCAACAUCUCGCCUGUCGGUAUGGGUAACUCGCCAACCUAUCGCGCUCCCGAAUUUGACAUGCCCGAUGGACUCUUGUCACGGUCCUACGACAUAUGGGCCCUGGGCUGCCUCUAUCUCGAGUUCAUCAGUUGGUACUUCCUCGGUUGGAGUGGUGUCAUGGAGUUCUCCGCAUCGAGGGAGACAAAACGAAAUGACCUCUCAGCCGAUGACUGUUACUUUGAGCUAAGCGGCUCCAGAGGUACUGAUAACAUCUGCAGCAAAGUCAAACCCGCUGUUAUUCGUUGGAUGGCGUAUCUACGUCAGCACUGGGCCUGCUCCUGGUUCUUUCAUGAUUUCCUCGAUCUCAUCCAGAAUGAGAUGCUUGUUGUCGAAACAAAUGGCGAGUCUCCGGUCCGGAGAGUCACUGCAGCCGGCGUGACACAAAGCAUAGUUACGUUUUAUAACCGCUCAGGCUCAGAUGCAAAAUACCUUUCCGGGAACAACCCUUUAAAUGUCCCCCCGACUACGAGGCUAUCUCACCCCUCGUGGGUUGGAAACUCCCAGUAUCUGGAGACUCGGAGGCAACCAAGUAGCGUGGCCGAGUUAGAGGGCUACGAUGCAUCUGUCCCACACAUAGUCCUGACGGAUUAUGACUUGUGGGAGUUAGAAUUGGAUUUGCCAGAGACAGAAACUAGGGCAAACCAUCUCAGUAGCAGCAGCACUAGUGGCAGCAAGGAAGGGUCAACCUCUCUGAGCGACGUUCGUGCGAGUGAAAGUUCUACUUCCAUCAGCAAUCUAAGCCGGCGACAAGUCAGUACAACACAGACAACGCAGGAUACAAACCUAGGACAGUCUGAGCAUGAACGUUAUUUCGCAUGUCCAUUCUUCAAACGCAAUCCUAGCAAAUAUGGGAAGAUGUGUUCAAACGGGUGGAAGCACAUUCACAGAGUGAAAGAGCAUUUAUAUCGAAGGCACCUUCUUACAAAGCACAGGUGCACUCGUUGCCUAGCAUAUUUCGAAGAUGGCGCUGGUCUCGAAGCACAUACCCGCUCCGUGACACCGUGUGCGUUGAGUGAGUCUCCAGAUAUCGAGGGCAUCAACGCCGAACAGGAGCGGCGGCUCCGCUCGAGAAAGCGAACAAGAACCGACGCCACGUCAGGUGACAUAGAUCGCGAUUGUGAAAGAUGGUGGGAGAUGUAUAAAAUCAUCUUUCCAGACACUAACCCAGAGCACAUCUCUCCACACAACGACUAUAGCCACCUAGCUUUCACUACGCCGAGAUCCUCGGAAACUAUCGCUGAUUACAGCAAGUUUUUAAACCAAGGUAUUCCGUCAGACGUGCAAAUUGAGUUGCAGGCCACAAUCAGUCGAGAGCUCGGGCUCAGCGAAGUAGAUGGCAGGAAAAUUAUUGACAUGAUUUCUGUUUUGCAGCGGACGCUUCUGCAAUCUUUUCAGAGUCAAAGGGGAAACUCACGCUCAGUAGAUAACUACUCGACUUCAAGUUAGUUAGGCGUAGCGUAGAAUACAAUACAGCUAGCUAAAUAUCUAAUACCGC